ACGAACACUAUAGUAUUGCAAAGUUGUAACUUGUAGGUGUUAACAAAUAAACACUGUGCAUCUUCAUACUGUGCUUAAAAUUAGUAAAAAUCUUAAAGUGAAGUGUGAAUGUAAUUAUUAUAAAUAAUAUUAUGUGCCUACUAGUGUAGUAUUGAAUACUAAUUAUAAAUACCGAGUGUUAUGUUAUAUUUUCGGUCAUAAUACAAUACAAACUCUUAUCUUCUUAUCACAUCGGUUGCGGUUUUUAAAAAUUAAUUAAUUGUUAUUUGUCAAAAGUUUUAAGUAAUGACCAUCAGUGUUACGGGCAGUGGUCGUUGAAGGAUUUGAUUAAUUUAUUUUUUAUCGAUUUAACUAGAACUUAUCUGUAAUUGUAAUUGUUUUCGAUUACACUUGUUUCCUAUUUUUUUGUGUACAUCAGUUUUUUAAUUAUAAUUACAAUUCAAAUAUUUAAACAUUUUUAGUGUUAUAUUAUGCUCUAUAAUAUUAUGUUUCAUUCAAUAUAACUUUUUUUUUAUAACAUAGAACUUUAUGUUUCUUUAAUUAGAUAAAUUAAACAAACAAUUUUUUAAACAAAGCUCGAUUAUCAAAUUAAAUCAAUAACUAUUUUUACUAACUGUUUUUUAAGGAAAACAGUUUAACUAUGAAACUAUACCAAGUACAAUAUUUAAGUUCAAGCAUAGUAAAUAAACGUCUUACAAAUCCAAUGAUUCCUUGGGUCAUUGCUGAAAUUAAGAAAAAGAAAAAACACAAAGAAGUCAAAAUUGGAAUAGAAGAUUCUUCUCUUUGUGUCUAUGAAAGUUGGGAAAAUAAAUGUAAACCACUGUUCCAGCAUGAAAUAUGUUAUAUUACUCGAUUAGCGUUUUUAAACAGUGACGUUGCCACAUUUUUCUAUGCUCUCAGAAAUGUUGACGAUUGUAAUGUGGAAUGUCAUGUUUAUACUACCACUCAACCUGAUGAAAUUAUGGAAUUAUUCUCUACAAUGAAAGAAAAUUCGCAUAAAAAAUUACACAAUAUUGGUCGUUCACUAAGUAACGCUCAAACAUUAACAUCUUUAUGUGCAGAUAUAUCACCAAAUUCAUCUCAUUUUUUUGAGGUGUUUUAUGUUGGUAAAAUAAGAGUUUCACAAAAAAAAGUUCCAAGUACUUUUAUUGAUGACGCCUUGGAAAAGUUUCGAUUGCACGAGUUAGAAAAAAACAAAAAGUCGAAUAGCAGCAAUACAUCUAGACGAGGAUCACAAAUUAAUCCGUCAGAACAAAAUCCAGCUGGUUAUUUAUCAGAUACAAGACGGGGAUCAAUGAUAGUUCUAUCCCCAGGAAUUGAAAAUCAAAGCUCUUCUUCUCUUGAAACUGAUAAGGAUUCUAAGGAGUCAGAAUUUUUAAGAACCCGAUCUGGAUCUGUAAACUAUCCUAUUAAAAAAGUAGAACAAAAUGGUCAAAAUACAAAUGUUGGAGAAGACAGUAAUAGAACAAUGGUUUUUCAAAUUGGUAAAAGUGAUUUACGUUUAAUAAGUCCAGAUAGAAAACAAAUACUUCUGCACAAACAAUUAAAAGAUGUUAUAAACUGUGUACAGGGUCAUAGAAAUAAUUUACAUUUUGGUUUCACGUGUCGGGACUCGUCAUCAAUGGAAACUUGUAUUGGGUAUAUUUUCAAAUGUGAAUCGGAAUCGGUAGCAAACGAAUUAGUUACAGCUAUUAAUCUGGCUCACCAUAACACAAAUGAAUCAUUUAAAAAAGAAAAACAAGUUAUCGUGUCUUGCGAACAUUGUCCAAUGGUAUGGUUUCAUAGAUUAUGUUCAGACGUUGAAAAUCUCAAUGAACACAAAGUUCAGUCGGUAAUAUUUAAGCAUCUAGACAUGUUACCGGAAGAUGACCAAGAUGUUGUCCUUACUAAAUUACAUGGAUUGGAAACAUUAAGUAAAAUAAGUCUUAAAGAACAAAAUGAAUUACUUAUGAUGUUAUUGAGGACACACUGUGAAAGCAAACAAUCGAAACAUGUUCAUGAUUCGGCUGAAAAUAGACAUGAGUUUUUAAAUCAAUAUCUUGGUGGAAGUACAAUAUUUAUGAAAGCAAAACGUUCACUAACUAGUUCAUUUGAUCAAUUACUAAAAAGAAGAAAUUCAAGAGAUGAUUUUGGUAGCAUCAUGGCAGCUACUAAAGAUGGUGGUUUGCAAACUAAUGUUUCAUACGCAAAGGAGCUUUCUCCAAAGUCAGAUUUAAAUUCUCGUUUAGCAACUCAGAAUUCAAUAUCCAAAACAAUAGUCGAAAAUCCAGAAGUUAAUUUAGCCCAAACUAAAUCACACAGCAGUCCAGCAUCAAUGAUGAACAUGUUUUUAAAAGUUGGGCCAUCGCCUAAGUCGUCUACUCAUUCAACUUCAGACAAUGAUUCUGAUGAACAAAAUGAUUCAAACCCUGGAAGUUGGCGACAAGCAAUUUUCAAAAAUGUUGUAACACCCAACAAACCUAAAAAAGGAGACCAACAUUUUAAAAGAAAGUUAGAAAAAAACGAUUUGAGAGCUUUAUGGAAGAAAGCAAUUAAUCAACAAGUAUUACUCAUACGAAUGGAAAAAGAGAAUGCCAAAUUAAAAGAAAAACAAGAAGAAGCAACAGUUAAGCGGAUAAAAUUAGAAUAUGAUGAUAUCGGUUCGUCUGCACGUGAAUAUUUAGGAGUCUGGGAGACAAUAGUGAAUAAAGAAAAUAGGAAGUAUGACUCAAAAAUGUUGAAGCAAGCAAUUAGACAAGGCGUUCCUAGAAGUAAACGAGGAGAUGUCUGGAUAUUUUUUGCCGAAUUGUAUUGUAAUACUACUGCACCUUCUGCUAUUGAUUUUGAAAAAUUUCCAAAUUUUAACGUGCCGUACGAGCAGUUAUUGAAACAAUUGACAAAGUAUCAGCAUGCUAUUCUUAUUGAUUUAGGAAGGACAUUUCCAAAUCAUACUUAUUUUAUGUCACCGUUUGGACCAGGCCAGUUAGCUUUGUAUAAUUUGCUUAAAGCAUAUUCUUUAUUAGAUCCAGAGGUCGGCUAUUGCCAAGGAUUAUGUUUUGUUGCCGGAGUUUUGCUGUUACAUAUGUCUGAAGAACAAGCUUUCAUGAUGCUUAAACAUUUAAUGUUUAGACGUUCUCUAAGGAAACAGUAUCUACCAGACAUGGCUGCUCUACAAGUUCAGCUGUAUCAAUUAUCACGUCUACUUCAUGACCACCAUCCUGACUUAUAUGAGCACUUUGACAAUUGCGAUAUUAAUCCAACCUUAUAUGCUGCCCCAUGGUUUUUAACUAUAUUUGCAUCUCAGUUUCCCCUCGGAUUUGUUUCUCGUGUAUUUGAUAUAUUGUUUUUUGAAAACAUAGAUGUCAUGUUUCGCAUCAUAUUGUCACUUCUGACGUACCAUAAAGAAAACCUCCUUGCGUGUGAAGGAAUGGAACAAAUAAUGACCUAUAUUAAAAACGAUUUACCAGUUGUAAAUAAGGAUAUAAUUGAUAAAAUUAUUAAACAGGUAUUUACAAUUGAUAUAUCAAAACAACUAAUGGAAUAUGGAGUUGAAUAUCAUGUUUUACAUGAAGAAUUAUCCACUCCGAGCCCAGAAAUUAAGAAAAUUAAACAUUUAGAAGAAAUGAACAAAGCUUUAAUGCAACAAAAUAAAAUUUUACAUGAACAGCUGGAGAUUUCAAUAACAAAUAAUGGUCGUCUAGAAAUGAAUCGUUCAACUAAUUUAACUGCAAUUAAUCGUUUAGAAAGUGAAGUAAAAAGUCUUGAACUUACUGUGGCUACUCUUGGUAGUUUUGUUUCUGAUUUGGUGUAUUCUAAUUCAGACAUAGAAGUACCAGCUGAAGUUCUAGGUUUAAUAUCACAAAUAAAUAUGUGUCGAAAUCGACAAAAUGAAAACAAGCCAGGAAAUUUGAAUAAAAUGCGUAAAAAAUAUGAAUUUGAUAAUAAAUCAUUUCAAACCAGACCAAAUUUUGAAAAAUCUUCAUCGGAUUCAAAAAAUAUUAUUAAAAAUAUUGUAAUUGCACAAGAUCCAACAGAGAAAAAAAAAAGUUUUUUAAAAGUUACAGAGAGUAGCUUUGAUUUACUUAGUCCUCAAGGUAAUGCAAAUAAUAAUGGGAUGCAUCCUUUAGAUUGUGGAGACGUCAGUGUAUGUUAUUCAGGAACUACUAAACUACGCACAAUUAAACCCAUUAGGAGUAACAGUGAUAGUCAUUUCAUAUUACCAAGUAUUGUUACAGAUGAAGUUGAUAAUUCUUUUAAAAAAUGUGAUACUAAUGAUAAGCAAUUCAAUAAUUCUAUUGAUCAUAAUAACUAACGUUCCUUAUUUGUGUGUUUAUUUAUUUAUUAUUUUAUAUGUAUUUAUGUAAAUUAAUUUGUGAUAAUUUGUAUUUUAAUUACCUAGAUUUUUUUCAUUUUACUCGCUAUUGUUUUAUGUUA